UCUGUUUUGUAUUUGAUUGUUACGUUAGUGAUUAGCGCACGCUCUGUUUUGUAUUUGAUUGUUACGUUACUGAUAAGCGCACGCUCUGUUUUGUAUUCGAUUGUUACGUUAGUGAUAAGCGCAAGCUCUGUUUUGUAUUUGAUUGUUACGUUACUGAUAAGCGCACGCUCUGUUUUGUAUUUGAUUGUUACGUUAGUGAUAAGUGCAAGGUAUGUUUGGUAUUCGAUUAUUACGUUUGUGAUAAGCGCAAGCUCUAUUUUGUAUUCGAUUGUUACGUUAGUCAUAAGCGCAAGUUCUGUUUUGUAUUUGAUUGAUACGUUAGUGAUAAACGCAAGCUCUGUGUUGUAUUCGAUUGCUACGUUAGUGAUAAGCGCAAGCUCUGUUUUGUAUUCGAUUGCUACAUUAGUGAUAAGCGGAACUUGUGUUCUGUAUUUGAUUGUUACGUUAGUCAUAAGCGCAGCCUCUCUUUUGUAUUCGAUUGUUAGGUUAGUAAUAAGCGCAAGCAGAGUUUUGUAUUCGGUAGUUACGUAAGUGAUAAACACACGCUCUGUUUUGUAUUUGAUUAUUACGUUAGUGAUAAGAGCAAGCUCUGUUUCUUAUUCGAUUGUUACGUUAGUGAUAAGCGCAAGCUCUGUUUUGUAUUUGAUUGUUACGUUAGUGAUAAGCGCAGCCUCUGUUUUGAAUUUGAUUCUUAGGUUUGUGAUAAGCGCAAGAUGCUUUGUAUUCGAUUGUUACGUUAGUGAUAAGCGCAAGCUUGUUUUGUAUUCGAUUGUUACGUUAGUGAUAAGCGCACGCUCUUUUUUGUGUUUGAUUGUUACGUUAGCGGUAAGCGCAAGUUCUGUUUUGUAUUCGAUUGUUACGUUAGUGAUAAGGAAACACUCUGUUUUGUAUUUGAUUGUUACGUUAGUGAUAAGCGCAACCUCUGUUUUGUAUUUCAUUGUUACGUAAGUGAUAAGCGCACGCUCUGCUUUGUAUUUGAUCGUUACGUUAGUGAUAAGCGGACGCCCUGUUUCGUAUUUGAUUAUUACGUUAGUGAUAAGCGCAGGCUCUGUUUUGUAUUUGAUUGUUACGUUAGUGAUAAGCGCAAGCUCUGUUUUGUAUUCGAUUCUUACGUUAGUGAUAAGCGCACGCUCUGUUUUGUAUUUGAUUGUGACGUUAGUGAUAAGCGCAAGCUCUGUUUUGUAUUCGAUUGUUACGUUAGUGAUAAGUGCAAGCUCUGUUUUGUAUUUGAUUGUCACGUUAGUGAUGAGUGCAAGCUCUGUUUUGUAUUCGAUUAUUACGUUAGUCAUAAGCGCAAGUUCUCUUUUGUAUUUGAUUGUUACGUUAGUGAUAAGCGCAACCUAUGCUUGGUAUUCGAUUCUUACGUUAGUGAUAAGCGCAAGCUCUGUUUUGUAUUCGAUUAUUACGUUAGUCAUAAUCGCAAGUUCUGUUUUGUAUUUGAUUGUUACGUUAGUGAUAAGCGCAAGCUCUGUUUUGUAUUCGAUCGUUAAGUUAGUGAUAACCGCAAGGACUGUUUAGUGUUCGAUUGUUACAUUAGUGAUAAGCGCAAGCUCUGUUUUGUAUUCGAUUGUUACGUUAGUGAUAACCGCAACCUCUGUUUUGUAUUGUGUUUUGUAUUUGAUUGUGACGUUAGUGAUAAGCGCAAGCUCUGUUUAGAAUUCGAUUGUUAGGUUAGUGAUAAGCGCACGCUCUUUUUAAUAUUUGAUUGUUACGCUAGUGAUAAGCGUAAGCUUGUUUUGUAUUCGAUUGUUACGUUAGUGAUAACCGCAACCUCUGUUUUGUAUUGUGUUUUAUAUUUGAUUGUUACGUUACUGAUAAGCGCAACCUCAGUUUAGCAUUCGAUUGUUAGGUUAGUGAUAAGCGCACGCUCUUUUUAAUAUUUGAUUGUUACGCUAGUGAUAAGCGUAAGCUUGUUUUGUAUUCGAUUGUUACGUUACUGAUAAGCGCAAGCUCUGUUUUGUAUUUGAUUGUUACGUUAGUGAUAACCGCACGCUCUGUUUUGUAUUCGAUUGUUACGUUAGUGAUAAGCGCAAGCUCUGUUUUGUAUUUGAUUCCUACGUUAGUGAAAAGCGCAAGCUCUGUUUUGUAUUUGAUUGUUAAAUUAGUGAUAAGCGGAAGCUCUGUUUUGUAUUCGAUUGUUACGUUAGUGAUGAGCGCAAACUCUGUUUUGUAUUUGAUUGUUACGUUAGUAAUAAGCGCACGCUCUGUUUUGUAUUUGAUUGUUACGUUAGUGAUAAGCGCACGCUCUGUUUUGCAUUCGAUUGUUGCGUUAGUGAUAAGCGCAACCUCUGUUUUGUAUUCGAUUGUUACGUUAGUGAUAAGCUCAAACUGCUUUGUAUUCGAUUGUUACGUUAGUGAUAAGCCCAAGCUUGUUUUGUAUUCGAUUGUUACGUUAGUGAUAAGCGCACGCUCUGUUUUGUAUUUGAUUGUUACGUUAGUGGUAAGCGCACGCUCUGUUUUGUAUUCGAUUGUUACGUUAGUGAUAAGCGGAAGCUCUGUUUAAUAUUUGAUUCUUACCUUACUGAUAACCGCACGCUCUGUUUUGUAUUUGAUUGUUACGUUAGUCAUAAGCGCAAGUUCUGUUUUGUAUUUGAUUGUUACGUUAGUGAUAAGCACAAGCUCUGUUUUGUAUUCGAUUGUUACGUUAGUGAUAAGCGCAAGCUCUGUUUUGUAUUUGAUUGUUACGUUAGUGAAAAGCGCAAGCUCUGUUUUGUAUUUGAUUGUUAAAUUAGUGAUAAGCGGAAGCUCUGUUUUGUAUUCGAUUGUUACGUUAGUGAUGAGCGCAAACUCUGUUUUGUAUUUGAUUGUUACGCUAGCAAUAAGCGCACGCUCUGUUUUGUAUUUGAUUGUUACGUUAGUGAUAAGCGCACGCUCUGUUUUGUAUUCGAUUGUUACGUUAGUGAUAAGCGCAAGCUCUGUUUUGUAUUCGAUUGUUACGUUAGUGAUAAGCGCAAGCUUUGUUUUAUAUUCGAUUCUUACGUUAGUGAUAAGCGCAAGCUCUGUUUUGUAUUUGAUUGUUACGUUAGUGAUAAGCGGAAGCUCUGUUUUGUAUUCGACUGUUACGUUAGUGAUAAGGGGAAGCACUGUUUUGUGGUCGACUGUUACAUUGGUGAUAAGAGAAAGCUUUGUUUUGUAUUCGAUUGUUACGUUAGUGAUAAGCCCACGCCCUGUUCUGUAUUUGAUUAUUAAGUUAGUGGUAAGCGCAAGUUCUGUUUUGUAUUCGAUUGUUACGUUAGUGAUAAGCACACACUCUGUUUUGUAUUUGAUUGUUAAGUUAGUGAUAAGCGCACGCUCUGUUUUGUAUUUAAUUGUUAGGUUAGUGAUAAGCGGAAGCUUUGUUUUGUAUUUGAUUGUUACGUUAGUGAAGAGCGCAAGCUCUGUUUUGUAUUCGAUUAUUACGUUAGUCAUAAGCGCAAGUUCUGUUUUGUAUUUGAUUGUUACGUUAGUGAUAAGCGCACGCUCUGUUUUGUAUUCGAUUAUUACGUUAGUCAUAACCGCAAGUUCUGUUUUGUAUUUGAUUGUUACGUUAGUGAUAAGCGCAAGCUCUGUUUUGUAUUCGAUCGUUAAGUUAGUGAUAACCGCAAGGACUGUUUUGUGUUCGAUUGUUACAUUAGUGAUAAGCGCAAGCUCUGUUUUGUAUUCGAUUGUUACGUUAGUGAUAACCGCAACCUCUGUUUUGUAUUGUGUUUUGUAUUUGAUUGUGACGUUAGUGAUAAGCGCAAGCUCUGUUUUGUAUUCGAUCGUUAAGUUAGUGAUAACCGCAAGGACUGUUUUGUGUUCGAUUGUUACAUUAGUGAUAAGCGCAAGCUCUGUUUUGUAUUCGAUUGUUACGUUAGUGAUAAUCGCAACCUCUUUUUUGUAUUGUGUUUUGUAUUUGAUUGUGACGUUAGUGAUAAGCGCAAGCUCUGUUUUGUAUUCGAUUGUUACGUUAGUAAUAAGCGCAAGCAAAGUUUUGUAUUCGAUAGUUACGUAAGUCAUAAACGCACGCUGUGUUUUGUAUUUGAUUGUUACGUUAGUGGUAAGCGCACGCUCUUUUUUGUAUUCGAUUGUUAAGUUAGUGAUAAGCGCACGCUCUGUUUUGUCUUUGAUUGUUACGUUAGUGAUAAGCGCAAGCUCUGUUUUGUAUUUGAUUGUUACGUAAGUGACAAGCCCAAGCUCUGUUUUGUAUUCGAUUGUUACGUUACUGAUAAGCGCAAGCUCUGUUUUGUAUUCGAUUGUUACGUUAGUGAUAAGCGCACGCUCUGUUUAAUAUUUGAUUGUUACGCUAGUGAUAAGCGCAAGCUUGUUUUGUAUUCGAUUGUUACGUUACUGAUAAGCGCAAGCUCUGUUUUGUAUUUGAUUGUUACGUUAGUGAUAACCGCACGCUCGGUUUUGUAUUCGAUUGUUACGUUAGUGAUAAGCGCAAGCUCUGUUGUGUAUUUGAUUCCUACGUUAGUGAAAAGCACAAGCUCUGUUUUGUAUUUGAUUGUUAAAUUAGUGAUAAGCGGAAGCUCUGUUUUGUAUUCGAUUGUUACGUUAGUGAUGAGCGCAAACUCUGUUUUGUAUUUGAUUGUUACGUUAGUAAUAAGCGCACGCUCUGUUUUGUAUUUGAUUGUUAUGUUAGUGAUAAGCGCACGCUCUGUUUUGUAUUUGAUUGUUGCGUUAGUGAUAAGCGCAAGCUCUGUUUUGUAUUCGAUUGUUACGUUAGUGAUAAGCCCAAGCUUGUUUUGUAUUCGAUUGUUACGUUAGUGAUAAGCGCACGCUCUGUUUUGUAUUUGAUUGUUACGUUAGUGGUAAGCGCACGCUCUGUUUUGUAUUCGAUUGUUACGUUAGUGAUAAGCGGAAGCUCUGUUUUAUAUUUGAUUCUUACCUUACUGAUAACCGCUCGCUCUGUUUUGUAUUUGAUUGUUACGUUAGUCAUAAGCGCAAGUUCUGUUUUGUAUUUGAUUGUUACGUUAGUGAUAAGCACAAGGUCUGUUUUGUAUUCGAUUGUUACGUUAGUGAUAAGCGCAAACUCUGUUUUGUAUUUGAUUGUUACGUUAGUAAUAAGCGCACGCUCUGUUUUGUAUUUGAUUGUUACGUUAGUGAUAAGCGCAAGCUCUGUUUUGUAUUCGAUUGUUGCGUUAGUGAUAAGCGCAACCUGCUUUGUAUCCGAUUGUUACGUUAUUGAUAAGCCCAAGCUUGUUUUGUAUUCGAUUGUUACGUUAGUGAUAAGCGCACGCUCUGUUUUGUAUUUGAUUGUUACGUUAGUGGUAAGCGCACGCUCUGUUUUGUAUUCGAUUGUUACGUUAGUGAUAAGCGCAAGCUCUGUUUUAUAUUUGAUUCUUACCUUACUGAUAAGCGCACGCUCUGUUAUGUAUUUG